GGGCUGCCUUACUAAUCUUUUAGCAUUACGUUUCUCCAUAGGCCUUCGGGAAUGGCCAUCCAGGUCAACCCAAAUUGUUAAUCCCAGCCUCCCACGCCUCAUCGAAACGAAUGGCGCACCGAAGAGGCAGCAUUCAUUCUCCAAGGGCUGAUCCCAUUCAUGGACUCUGGGAAGGGAAGGAAACGGCCAUGGGAGGAAGACAGUCCCAUUGACUCGCAGUUCAAGCGCCGAGAUCCACCCACUCCCACUGCUGCUGGCGUGCGCCCACCCCCGCUCCCGCAACAUGCCGGUCCUUACUCUGGUGACACCCAAACCCUAAGCCAACGAAGGUUACCGCCGCUGUAUACUCCGUUCUGUAGCGCAUCAGGCGGGCCUCUUGCGUCGAGCUCAAUACAUCCCCCUUCCCAGGCGCAGGAUGCCAGCGAGUCCAGACCUAGGUCCCAGUCUCUAUUCGACGUCUUUCAGCAUCCUCCACGGCUUUGGCUCGAUAGUGGUCCAGCAAGAUUGCCAUAUGUCUCCAAUUUCGAGGCCCUGUUUUUGGCUAAAAACUGAUUACAGAACGUCUGCGAGGCACUUCAAAGGCGCUUGAGCAGGAUCGAUCUCCCCCACCGCUUGGUAGCGACGUGCGCCGACCUCGAUUGG